AUGAGAGAUGCACAGGAUGUUACACUGAACGAGGCUGGUGUGCGCCAGAGCUGGGUCGAGUACGACUGGCAAAGACUUUUGGAACACAAGGCAUCUGCUGUGUUCACUGAUGCACCGCCCUGGCUGCUAUACAAGGUGCAAAAACUCCGACCGGCGUGCCAAGCAGGAUGGGAAAUGCUGCUCUUUGCUCGCCUCUGUGUCGAGGAGGCCGUUGCCUGCCGGGCGAAUCGAGCCAAAGGGCGGGGUGGUGCACGGCCGCUAACAAUCGGGGAGAUCGAAUGUAAUUGGUUGGCACAUCCUGGCGAGUUCGGCCUGCGCGAGCUCUUGCUCAUGCGGUGGGGAGAUCUGAGCAUUGCGCAACUGCAGGACGCAAUGGCAGAUGCCAGGCGUCAUCACCGUUCAGAAGGUCUUCUGGUAGAGAUAAAGUUCUAUAGCGAAGUAUUGCGGGUCGUUUGGCUUGCAGUCGCGGCUGGCAGGAUCGGCGAGACUGUUCACAUUAUCACGAGUCGUGACCAGGUUUCCGCAACGCACGCGCUGCAAAUGGCCAGCGCUGGGGCAGCAGAUCUCCCGUUCGACCCUCCAGACUUCCAAGGGUCCUGGGCUGGCAAGGACGGUUGGCAACUGCACUGUGGACUGGGGACAGUGGAGGAUAAGGAGGGCCUUAUCAUUGUUGACGACUCUGUGAUAUUUCUCAAGGCUUGCGCGUCGAAGCUGAAUCUGGCUGCGGCGCGCCUGUAUCUGGCAUCAUGGGGCUAUGUGAGUCACAGACACUGGGCAGACGGCCGAUCUGGACUUCCAAGAGUGAAAGAGCUCUCGGGUGCCGAAGACCUUGCUGCAGUGCUGCCUGCUGAGCCUCGGCUGGACGAGUCCAUGCGGUAA